GUCAUAAAGACGUCAGGGCACAGGAAGAGAGAAUGAAGAGGAAAGGUCGAGGAUUUGAAAUUGGAGGCGACUGUCGACCUUCGUCCGCUCCUUCUGCCUCGCUGUGGCAGCCGCUCUCGCCACUUUCCGAGCUCCCUCCUCAAUUCUCCCUGUCCUCGGUCGUUCUAUGUACACCAUCGAGGCUUCGCAAGCAAGCCCGCGUGGUGGCGGUGCAUCUGGAUCUCCCACCUCUGAACUCGCGUAUGAUUGUUGGGGCGGAAUGAGUCGGUGAAUUUGGUGCCAGAGCUGGUGCUGGAUGGCCUGAAGGCGAGAAUUUGGAACGAGAUUAGCACGAAUUGGGCUGCGAACGGAGGGCUUCGAUUGAUUCUGUGGCAGGAAUUUGUUUCCGUUGUUGGAAGGUCUGCGACGACGUUUUUUGAGGGUGAACCGGGGUACGACAUUUUCUGUGAUUAUAGCCAUGCCGCUCGCCUCGAUCGAAGGCGGUUAUUUGUGCAAGGUUUGGGAGAUAAAGACUUUAGGUUUGGUCAAAGAUGCAGAGGCACGGAAGCUGCUCGAGGAUGUUGCGAAGCAGGUUGAACCCAUCAUGCGCAAGCGGAAGUGGAAAGUACCUCUUUUGUCUGAAUUUUGUCCACGCGACAGUUCGUUGUUGGGACUAAACAUAGACGCUGGGCGGGAAAUCCGAAUUCGUCUCAGAAAGCAUAGGAGCGAUCCGCGACUUUUUGGGUACGAAGAAACACUAGGAACCAUGCUUCACGAAUUGACUCACAUUCAGUGCGGUCCUCACAACGCUGCAUUCUACAAGCUCCUGGACGUUCUAACCAAGGAGUGCGAGGAGCUUAUGAUUGAGGGGAUUACGGGAACUGGGCAAGGAUUCGACGCGCGAGGUCAAAGACUAGGAGGGGUAGCUCACAACCCUGCUCCCAGUAAUCUUCGUCAAGUGGCUCUUGCUGCUGCACAGAAACGAGCACAGAGUAAUUCAAUAAUGCCCGUAGGACCUAGACGCCUCGGCGGAGACAGUGCCAUCAUGAAAGCAUUAAGUCCUCUUCAAGCUGCUGCUAUGGCUGCUGAAAGGCGAUUGAAAGACGAUUUCUGGUGCGCAGCACCCUUCACUGCUGGAGAUGAUGGUAUGCUUAAGGCUAGACAGAGGGAGGACUCUGCUGCUACCAAACCUGCAGGUUUGAAUGAGAAUUCGGAGAACGCAGGUGCAAAGGUCGGGACGAGAGACAAUGCCGGCGGUUCUGCUGUUCCAGUGAGCAAUGUCAGUAGGAAUAGAGCAGGAGUAGGUUCACUUGGUGUUAGGCCAAGUACUUCACGUGUGAACCCCACAAAGGAGUCGUACGAUGCAGCUGCCAGUAAAGAAAACCGUGGAUUGAGAGAAAAUGCUCAAAAUUCCGAAGUUCCUAUCAACAUCUCCGUGAAGAAGAAUGCUCGAGAUGCUGGACUUAGUGAUGCUACUGCAGCAGUGAAGAGACGAACCGAGGUUUCAGAACGAGAUCAAAUUACAGCUAAAGAGGGACGCGUGCCUGAUUUCGGAGGUGAAGGUAGCCAAAGGAGCCCCAUCCUGUUGGAUGAUCCAAUUGUCAGAAGCAACGAAGCCGAGAAGAGUUGUUCCUGGCAAUGUCAUGUGUGCACUCUGCUUAACCCAACCCUUGCCCUGUCAUGUGGAGUCUGUGGCGCACUUAGGAGACAGGUCUUAAAUAACAGCUUGAAAACUUGGACCUGUAAAUUUUGCACUCUUCAAAAUGAAGAGAUUUUGAAAAACUGUGCUGCCUGUGAUCAGUGGAGAUACUCGUAUGGUGCCCCUUCCGCUAUUCGAGCUCCAAACGUUGGAAAUUGAUUCAAGCAUCGGUGCUCGGUCGUCACGUAUAUAAGAAGGUCGCUGGGGUUCAUUGCUUUGAACCCAUGCUUGAAAACAAUUCGAUCUUUAUAGCCACAUGAUGGUGAGUGACCGAGGUCAUUCACCUAGUCGCACAAGUUCAACUUGUAUUUUAGAUUUCAGAAUCUUGCCCCUUCAGUAUCGAAGGUCCGUGGCGUCAAAUUUUCUGACUGAGGAUCAAUCGAAUGCUAACGAUAAUUCCCAAUCUCAGUCUUGGCACACGGUUGAUAAAUUUUUUAUUCCAGGUACAUAUGGUUUUAGAGGGACCUGAACUAGCUACUGGAACUAAGUGUUGAGAUUAUACAGGCAAUUGGACAACUCGUCCUUUGUCCCGCCCACAUAUCAGUUCAUCAACCUCUCCUCUGAGAACGUCUAAACUUCCGGACUUUCGAAUAAAGUUGGCCUUGAAACUUUUGAUCCCU